AUGAACUGGCAUUAUAAACAACAAAAUUUACUAUUAAAUCGAAUUCAAGAAUCGGAUCGUAUUAAACGUCGAUAUCCUGAUCGUGUACCUGUUAUUAUUCAAUCAAAUAAUAAUGAUCGAUCAUCAUUGACUAUUUCCAAUAUGAACUAUUCAUUAUUCAAAUCAUUUACAACAUCAGCAUCUUCCUCCGAUUUAUCCUCAACAACAACAACAAUGGAUAUUCGACAUCGUCUUGAACAUGAAAAAUAUUUAGUUCCAAAUGAAUUAUCAUUUGGACAAUUUGCCUAUAAUAUUCGAAAACGAUUACGACUACGAUCCGAGCAUGCACUCUUCUUUUAUUUGGGAAAAAAUUUAUGUCAACCAACUUUGAGUUCAACAAUGGAACAGUUGUAUGCAGAAUUUAAAGAUGAUGAUGGAUUUUUAUAUGUGUGUUAUACAGAUGAAAAAGUGUUUGGAUAA